AGGGGAAGCGAGAGCCGAGGCGAAGGAAAACGAGUCCCGGGAGUGCCGGAAAGGGCCGAAGGUUGCCGAGGGAGAGCCGAGGCCUGGCUGAGGGAAGCCGGCGGGGACCGUUGGCCUGAGGAAAAGGCUCUCUCCUCAGGAGCGGCGGCGGCGGCAAAGCAGCGGGUCGCCAGGCAGCCGAGAGCCGCUUCUCCCCUCUCCGGCCGCGGCGGCCACCGGGCUAAACUUCUUCCUCGGCGGCUGCUCGUCACUUCGGAAUCUCCUCAGGCGGGACGGGCCGAGUCGGCCGAGCGGGCCGGAAAGGGCCGGUGGGGGGGGGCGCUCCCGCCGCCGCCGCCGCCCUGUCAGCAGCCCUGCGGGCGGGAUGAAGCCCACCGAGGCCUAGGAAGCGGGCCGGGGCCCAAAGUGGGCUCCUCCUCCGACCCAGCCCGCAGGGGGGAACGCGGGACUGAGUUGGCGGGGGCGCCUGGCUUCGUGGAGGGGUCUCUGCGCCUCCACCCGCGAAUAGAGGAGGUUGUAUUUCGUUUUUAUCUCUCUCAAGGCAUGGUGUGACCCCCCCACUUGGAAGGGGCGCAGCUCCAAAGGGGACCCCGCUGUCCCCCCCUUUUUUCUUGACAUCCCCCCCCCCAGGAAAAGGCCGGCCUGCCUUUCUUUGGGGGGGUGCUGCUUUCCAUGAACUUGGAAGUUUGAAAGGCCGCCCCACAAAGGCUUUUGGGGGGGGGCUUCUCAGCACCCAGACAGUGGACCUUCGCAGACACCUGGAGGAAAGCUUCUUUAAAGGGUGGUGGGAAGAAGCCAGAAAGCUCCCCCAUCCCUUCCUGCUCUCCUGCCUUGCAUCUCUACAUCACCCCCCCUCUUUCCCCCACCCCCCAAUUCCUUUCUCUUGUUUUUCUUUGGGCCUUUCUGGAGGGGAGCAGCCCCAGCAUUGAGGACUUCGCUUUACCUACCUGGCUGGCCUUGGGUGCAGUAAAGACUUGGAGAAGAUCCUGGGAUUGUAAUGAGCUCGGAGGGAGGACUUGAAGGAGAGGCACCUUCUUCGGCCAGUUAACUGUCCUUCAACGGAGAUGGGUCUUCCUUUUGAACCGAGACAACAACGGCUGGAUUUCCAGAGGAGUGCAUCAUGGCUGUGACGACUUUCCUUUCUUCCUGGCAGAAGAGCAUCCCGUUGGCUUCUCCCGAGUGUCCUGGGAGGUGGAUCUUUUGGAAGGCUGAAAAGACCUGUGUGGCUGGUGGCUUUUAAUUCUGCUCUCCUUUUGGAAUACGGCUAGAUUCUGAACUCGGGUGUGAGUGUGGGAAAGUGACAAUCACAUCAAAUCACCCGUAAGAUGCAGAUUGGCUAAAAAAUUGUCCUGUUGCCGAGGGCUCCAAUGAGUGGCACACAGUCCGCAAUCACGGACAGGUUUCCCCUCAAAAAACCUACAAGGCAUGGCAGCAUCCUGAGCAGAGAGUCUCCAGCAGACAAGAAGCAGAAAGUCGAGCGCUGCAUUAGUGCCCAUGAUUUUGACCCAACAGAUAGCUCCUCCAGGAAGACAAAGUAUAGCUCAGAGGAGAGUAGAUCCGAGACAUAUGGUCUAGUUCAACGAUGCGUCAUUAUUCAGCGGGAUGAAAAUGGAUUUGGGUUAACAGUCAGUGGUGACAACCCAGUCUUUGUACAAUCUGUCAAAGAAGAUGGAGCAGCCAUGCGGGCUGGGGUUCAAACUGGUGACCGAAUCAUUAAGGUGAACGGAACUUUGGUAACACAUUCCAACCAUUUAGAGGUGGUUAAGCUGAUAAAGUCUGGUUCCUAUGUAGCGCUCACUGUGCAAGGGCGCCCACCUGGGUCGCCCCAGAUUCCACUGGCUGAUUCUGAGGUGGACUCAGCUGCCUUUGGGCACAUGUCUCCCAUCAUGUCAUCACCGCAUUCUCCUGGAUCGUGUGGAAAUGCAGAGAGAAUUACCAGUCCAGUGCUGAUGGGGGAGGAAAAUAACAUUGUUCACAGCCAGAAAGUAGAGAUUUUGAGGAAGAUGCUGCAGAAAGAACAGGAGCGACUACAGUUCCUGCAGGAAGACUACAACCGUGCUCCGGCUCCCCGCCUGCUCAGAGAGAUCCAGGAAGCGAAGAAGCACAUCCCUCAACUGCAGGAGCAGUUGUCCAAAGCAACAGGCUCUGCUCAGGAUGUUGUUUUGUCUUCCAAAUCUGUAUCCGAGUCUUUGCAGAUCACUGAGGUGGAAGCUGAGAGAGGGGAUGGACAAAACAAAGCAGACUGCCAUUUUGGGGAUGGCCCCCAAGUGAAUGACGCAGCAGAGAGUCCUCGGAGUGUCUUGAGAGAGCAGAGCUAUCUGGAUGACAGCCCAGAGAAGACUGAGACUCAUGAAACAGAUUCUCCAUCCAGCCUUGGAAGCCCUUCCUCUCGUGUGGCACCUCCAAUCAUAGGAGCAGAAGACGAUGACUUUGAUGGUGAACAAGAACAGAUCAACGGGCAGUGUAGCUGUUUCCAGAAUAUAGAGCUACUGAAAUCACGUCCUGCUCACCUGGCUGUCUUUUUGCAUCAUGUCAUUUCCCAGUUUGACCCUGCUUCUUUGCUCUGUUACCUGUUUGCGGACCUGUACAAACAAACAAAUUCCAAAGAGACUCGUCGAGUGUUUGCUGAAUUUAAUCAAUUUUUUCUGGAUCGAGCGGCAAAUCUGAAAGUCCCAGUUCCAGAUGAAAUUGCAAGUGAUUUAGAAAAGAGAAGGCUGGAAUUAAUUCCUGAAGAAUUCCAACGCCACUGUAUUCAAGCUAUGCAAGAAAAAGUGUCUCUCGAAGUACAAAAGCACCUUGAAGAUUUUAGACAGAAACGCAGCAUGGGUCUCACCCUGGCAGAAGGAGAAUUGACCAGGCUGGAUGCAGAACGUGUUCGGGACCGGAUGACCUUAGAGAAGGAGAGAGCGUGUGCAGAGCAAAUCCUGACCAAAAUUGAAGAUGUGCUGAUGUCAUCUCAGCCUCUAGAAGAGGAUAAGAGUUCAGCUAUACAGUAUGUUAUUCUCACCUACAUGAAGCACCUUGGUGUACGAGUCAAAGAACCCCGGAACCUAGACCAAAAACGGGGACGGAUUGGAUUCCUGCCAAAGAUAAAGCAAAGUAUGAAGAAAGAUAAGGAAGGGGAUGAAAAGAAGAGGAGGGUCUUCUCAAAUAUCCUGGGACCUCCAAGGAGGCCGAGCCGCCAUGACAGCUAUGCAAUAGGCAGAGCCAUGGAGAUACAAAAACAGCGCCAUCCAAAGCACUUAUCCUCAUCGUCUUCCGUCAGUCCGGAACCACCAGAUUUGGUCAAGAUGCGCCAAAGCGGGAUCAGUGAUGGCAUGGAUGCAGCCUUCCAGCCUGCUAACUUUGUAUCUCCAGCAGCUUCCGGAAUAUUUCCAUCUCAGGAAGGGAGUAAAGAUGGCGAAACAGGGCCAAAACAAGGUGGAGAAACAGUUAAUUCUGGUGAUUCUGUGGACGGUACCCCUUGUACGCCUAGCAUCAUAUUUGAUUUUCCAUCUCCUCCCCUGGACCAUUUGCAAGAAGAAGAAGGAGAAGUUGAUAGGUUAGGAGAAUCAGGGACUCCAAAACCUUUCCGCAAGAUGGACAGUGUGAGUGCUGGGGACGUCCAGAGUGAAGAUGAACUUUUUGAUUUUGACAUGGAGACAGACCAGCCCAACUGGCAGCAGCUGGUGAGCCGUGAAGUGUUGCUCGGCCUGAAACCAUCUGAAAUUAAACGCCAGGAAGUGAUUAAUGAAUUAUUCUACACUGAACGUGCUCAUGUCCGUAAGCUGAAAGUCCUGGAUCACUUGUUCUAUCAGCGUGUGUCCCGUGAAGGGAUUCUGACAGCUCCUGACCUGCGGAAAAUAUUUUCGAACCUGGAGGAUAUCCUCCAGCUUCAUACUGGACUGAAUGAGCAGAUGAAAGCAGUGAGGAAAAGAAACGAGACAUCUGUAAUUGAUCAAAUUGGAGAAGAUUUGUUAACUUGGUUCAGUGGAGCAGGCGAAGAGAAAUUGAAGCAAGCCACGGCUACCUUUUGUAGCAACCAACCCUUUGCUCUUGAGGUGAUCAAGUCACGGCAAAAGAAGGACUCACGCUUCCAGACUUUCGUCCAGGAAGCUGAGAGCAAUCCACUGUGUCGCCGAUUACAGCUAAAAGAUAUUAUUCCCACUGAGAUGCAACGGCUCACCAAGUAUCCCCUCUUGUUGGAUAAUAUUGCAAAGUACUCAGAGCAACCUUUAGAGAAGGAAAAAGUGAAGAAAGCAGCAGAUCAUUGUCGGCAGAUUCUCAAUUUUGUGAACCAAGCUGUCAAAGAAGCCGAGAACAAGCAGCAUUUAGAGGACUACCAGCGGCGGCUUGAUUUGUCCUACCUGAAGCAGGUGGAGGGCCCUUUGCUGGAUGAAUUCAGGAAUUUAGAUCUAACCAAGAAGAAAAUGAUUCAUGAAGGGCCUCUGACUUGGAAGGUGAAUCGUGACAAAACUAUUGAUCUCUAUACAUUGCUCUUGGAAGAUAUUCUGGUAUUGUUGCAGAAACAAGAUGACAGAUUAGUGUUGAGGUGUCACAGCAAGAUCCUGGCCAAUACUGCCGAUAGCAAGCACACAUUUAGCCCCGUUAUUAAAUUGAACACUGUCUUGGUUCGCCAAGUGGCUACAGAUAAUAAAGCAUUCUUUGUUAUUUCCAUGUCGGAAAAUGGAGCCCAGAUAUAUGAACUGGUGGCACAGACAGUUUCUGAAAAGACAGUAUGGCAGGACCUCAUAGUACAGAUGGCAGGAACCGUCAAAGUUGGAAGAGGCAGAAAUGUAAUUCCAUUGCCACAAUCCGGACCGUGCGAGGAAGACCAUGAGGAAGAAGAUGACCAGCAUAAAUUGAAGGAAGAACAAACUACCCCAGAUAGCAGCAAGCAAAGUCCAGAUAAAGAUUUGGGGCUGAAGACUCCGUCUCCAUCAGUAAUGAUGUCUGAGAAGUCAGAGGAGGAGGAAGAACUUCUGGAAGCCAACAAGCAGUUUGGAGAAAAACUAUCAGCAGACUUGCUGAUCAAAGAAUCACCGGAACAUUACAGCCAAUUAAGUCCAGAGCUCUCAUUCCAAGCUUCAGAAAAUCGAUGUGCAUUGGAUGCCCUAAGAAACUUGGGUUUAUUGAAGAAAUUACUGAUGCAGCAGCUUGGUAUGACUGAACAAGAGUCUGUUGAAGACUGGCAGCAUUUCUCUGACCACAGAAGAGGCCUGCCAGGGGCCCUUGAAGAGAACAUUGUCAAGAGAGGACUUCAGUACUCAGAUAACGAUGACAAUACCCUGUCUGGGCCUAGAAGGACACCCAUGGGGACAAAAACAAAUGUCUUCGAACUUAGUUGUGAUAAAUGGCCUUCAAAUGAAUUGGUAUCCCCAGGGGACCCUGUGUUGAAUAGUAGGCAGUUGACGGAUUCCUUGAGAACAAACCCAGAGCCCCCAACCAAGGAACUGGAAGGAGGAACAAGUGCUGCUGAAGAUGGUGGGGAGCACUUUUUUGAUGCUCAGGAAGCUCACAGUGAUGAGAACCCAUCAGAAGGUGAAGUGGUAGAUGGGAGGAAGGAGGUAGAAGAGGUGCAGCUACGGAUCUCAGGAAAUUAUUUGAUCCUUGAUGGAUAUGGCACAGUACAGGAGAGCUCCACCGAUGAAGAGGUAACUUCGCUAGUUCUACAAUGCAUUGCAGACAAGAGCACAAUGGACUCUGCCCGCCAGCAACCUGGGUCAGGGGAUGCCCAGCCAGUUACAGCUAGCUCACCAUUUGCAGAGGAAUUACUGGCCUCCCACUGGCAAGCUGCAAAGGAAUCCAGUUCAGAUGUGUUAAGGGCUUCCUUCUCUGUCGAGUCGCGUACCCUGAUGAUGCGUUACAUGCAGAACAUAGAGGCCAGCCUUCAACAUUUGAAGGAAGUGGAGGAAAACUAUGCUGCUCUUCUUCAACAUAGGCUGGCUGGCUCCAUCACCACGGAGGAGCAUUUGGAUAAAAGUUAAUCACCUUCUUGCCAAUCGCUGGAGAUCAGAUGGCACCUUCUACCUUGAGUCAGCCUCUGCUAGCCUCAGCCGGCCUCUGCCUGGACUCUCUUGGCCUUAGGCCUCUUUCAAUGGACCCUUUAAGGGGGAGGGGGCUCCACAUAGUGGAGAAGUGGGCAGUUUUCCUUUGAGGUGUCUGCACUAGCCUUUCAGGGAGAGGGGGGGUGAUUUAGUUCACCUCCUCUUGCUACCAGAAAUUCCAAACAGAGGAAAAAGAGGAACAGAAAGAAGAAACCAAAUGUAUAAAGUUCUGGGUGUAGGAUAUAAAAAUGUAUCUAUACAUUAAAAAAAAAAUCAAUGUAUUUAUUUGACUUCAUUCCGUGUACUGAAAGCACACUUUAAUUUGUAUUUUAUUUUGCUUUUUUAAAAAAAAUGAUAGUGCCAGUUUGCUAGGUUCCCAGCAUCUUUCUUCUUCUCCUGAACCCUUAUUCUAAACUGAGUUGUGUGUGUGUCUUGAUUUUCCCCUGGAUUCUGCCAACAACCAGCCUGUUCUUUGGAAGAGGUUCUUUGUGGAGCAAAAUCUAGCAGCAUGCAGACGGCCUUUCUUCUUGUGCGAUUUUGUGUGCACUUAUAUAGCCAGGGAAGGAUUUGAAACUGGCAACUAAAUUUCUCUUUGGGGAAUGCCUUUAUUUUUCCUAUAUUGAAUAAAAAGAGAAGGAUUUGGAAGUUGUUUUCCCUGCCCAGGUACUGAUUUUAUUGUGACUUCCCUUUGAAAGCAACAGCUUGGUAUUUGUAGCUAGGGGUGGGAGUGGGUAUUUUGCCAGUUAAGGGAAAGCAAUACAUUUGUCACAAAUUCCUGAGGUCACCAUGUUUCUAAUAAAUUGUGAGGAGUAACUGCUGCAGAAGUUAGCCACUAUGUUUUGAAGGUAGGGGCCAGAAUUGUUCAUUAUCCAGAAGUGUACCUUACUGACCGGUGUGGGAUAGACCAAGCAAGCUUGGAAUAGUGCUAUUUUUUCUUUUUAUGCAAAAAUGCUCUGAAAUCAUACUAGUAACUUAGUAACAUCCGCAGUAGAAGAAUCAGAGGAACAGACACAUCUGGUAUAAUUUCAGUGCAGUGUUAAGAACCUGAUGUUGAAGAACUGGACUUUUUCAAGCUUCAUGGCACUGAUGUAGAAAAUAAGAUACUGAGUGGGUUGUCUAUGUUGGGUAAAUAGUUUUUCCAUUCAGGAUACAUCUCACUUGAAAAAGGUUUCUCUCUGUACCGGCUGUCCAAUCCUUGGGCCAGAUCUAAAUGUGCCAAAUUCUAGAAAUCCCUUUAAUGUUUUAAAAUCAUGCUGAAUGCGCGGUAAAGUAUGGAAUAUCUUUUUCUUAUUUUCAGCAUGAAUGUUAUAGAAUAUGCUCCAAUAAUGCAGAGAAACAUUUUUUGCUGUAGCCAGGAAUCUAAAAUCAUUUUCUACUUACACUGCAGUGUUUCUCAACUUUUGACAAUUUUAAGGCAUGUGGACUUCAACUCCCAGAAUUCCACAGAGUUCAACUCCCAGAAUUCUGGUAGUUGAAGUCCACGUGCCUUAAAACGGUCAAGGUUGAGAAACACUGACUUACAGGGAAGAGCUGCAAGAGAAGGAACUAUUUUUUUAAUUCCCCCCCCACCCUAAAUAUUUCCAACCAAUUUACUGGUGCCUAUUGGGGGAAAAAAACUUCCCACUUGUCUGGGUCGCCGACCCUUCUUGAGAAAGUUGGAAGCCAGCAAAUAUUCAAAAGGAAGUCUUUUCAGUUUCUUGUUACCAGGGCCAGCCUGCUGAUUCUCAGUUUUAAAUUUUACCCUCCUAAAAUUCCAAGCAAUUUUCCAAAUGGAAAGAUCAGGCCCAUAUUACAAAUGACCCUGUUUUUAAAAGUAUUUCCUUAUUUUCAAGUGUGUACGUGUUUUAGUCACUUCUAGGUGAGAUGGGCAGCAAAGAAGUCCAAUUAAUAAUUUUUUUCCUGGGUCCUCGAACCAUGGCAUUUUCACCUUCCCCAUGCUUCAGUUCCACAUCUAUGGAGCCAUAGAAAGUCAGAUUCACAUGUAGACCUUUCCCUAAUAUAAGUAGGUGAAGGAGCCAGAAAUUGGUAAAAGUUUGGUGACACUUGGAUGCCGCUCUUUACAGAUAUUGUGGCAAGGCCUGUGUCCAGUCCUCUGUCAUACCUCUGCCAUACGGUGCUUCAGAAUCCUGAAAAAGAGAGAUGGGGUCAGGAUGCCCAAAGGCCAGGCCAAACAGCUGAAGGGCCAUCCAAAAGCUUCUUUGACUUCUACAGAGGAUAUAUCAAUUGCCUCCCCCCUUCUUCCUGGAGAGUAAAGCAGAGUACUAUGUUGUUGUCUUCCUGGUGGUUUCUUUGUGUCGUAUGUAUGUGUGUGUGUUUUUUUCCCCAGGCUUGUCUAGGCCACCAAUUACACAAUCUCCUGUUAAGGGCAUUAUUAUUUUAUGAUAGGAAAGAAAGUAGUAAGAAACGGGGAAUCACCAAUUGCUUCCAGCAUCAUAAUUGAAUAUUUUGCAGGAGAUGUCUCGAGUCCCCUCGCACGUCUACUGUACAACAGGCCCCGGGCACGGAUCCAUUUUUGCGAAAGGGGUCAACCCUAAAAAUGCACUUUGUGGGAUUCCCAUUGGGAUUGAACUUUUGGAUCCUUAAUGUUCUAGAGCAGCCAUGAGGAAUUCCAGCCAAAGAGACUUUCCCUGUCCUUCCCCACUGGCUGUGAUCAUGUCUUCCUUGGGCUCAUCUUUUUCUCCCUCAUUGUCUCUCCUUCCUUCCUUCCUUCCUUCCUUCCUUCCUUCCUUCCUUCCUUCCUUCCUUCCUUCCUUCCUUCCUUCCUUCCCCCCCCCACCCUUGGCUAGCUGAAAAUGAUAUAAGCAAUGAAAUUCUUUUUUUAAUAUUAUGUUGUGCUACUGUCAUAUUUAGGAUGUCUUUGUUUUUAACCUGGAUUUAUUGGAGCAGCAUAUUGGAAUUUGGGCUCAAAAGACAAACUCCGAGUCUAGAGACAGCAUCCUUGCCUCUUGGUUUGCAUGUCCUUUGAUUGUAUACCCAAGACGAGUGUUUCUGAACUUUUGCAAGUUUAAGAUAUGUGGAUUUCAACUCCCAGAAUUCCCCAGCCAGCAUUGCCAAGGUUCGGAAACAUUGCCCAAGGUGAAGAAAGUUGGUUGAAGUUGGGAGAGUGGAUUGUUUGGGCUUAGGGUUGUCCAGAACUAUAAGAAGCUAUAAAUACAAUUCAUAAAAGCGAUUCUGCUUUCCAAUCCUUCUGUAUUUUGCAGCGAUGGUGCUUUAAUCUGCCAGAUGCCGCUCAUUAGCUCUGAAUUCUCCUCUUGUUACUUCCCAGUUGACUAAACCAGCACUGGACAGGCGCGUCUCAAGGCCUGGCAGACUGCAAGGCACGCGUUCCAUUUUUUAAAUUUUUCUCCCGUGGCCCUACUGAUAGCUGAAAGAGGCUGAAAAUAACGGUCCCCAGUUCCUGUCCUGAGGUCUGCUUGCCAUGACCCAGGUCAUUCUAACCCCUCAAAGCACUACCAAUACAUCCUUGCCUUGCUGUCUGCGUAGACGUGAUUUUGUCACUAAUCCACAAUGAGACAUUGAGCGGGAGACAAAUGGAAGUCAAAUUUUCUUCUCUCGGUUUUGGGGGUUACCUUUUGCGUAACAGUUCUGCCUCACUGCCUGCCAAUUUGCCCCCAAUCUACCGUUGAGAGUAGAAAAGGCAAGAAAUAGGAUUGCUUGAUGGAGGGGGUGAAAUUCAUAACGGUUCCCCUAUUGCAGUGUUUCCCAAACUUGACAAUUUUAAGGCAUGAGGACUUCAACUCCCAGAAUUCCACAGCCAGCAACGCUGGCUGUGGAAUUCUGGGAGUUGAAGUCCUCAUGCCUUAAAAUUGUCAAGUUUGGGAAACACUGCCCUGUUGCUUUGGGAUGUUGGAUAUUCUUGACUGUUGAUAGCUUCUGAGAAAAAGGAGAGAGACUUUCAGAACUAAAGUGCAAGCAAAGUUGCAUAGGUGAAAGACCCAUACAGUAUUAUCUUUUACUCUGCCAUAUGUCAGGUUAACAUUUUGGGGUUUGGUGGAAACACUACUUUAUUUGUGCUGUUUCAUCAUCUAGAAUCUUAAUGCCGGUUGUACGUUUGAUGAAUGAAUUGCAUCUCCCUCUCUCUCCUCCCCCCAUUCCAAAGAAGUCCCUUAUUUCUCUUUAUUCCCCUCGCCCCUCCUCCAGCACCAACUUAUAGGCAGAUGCUGUCCAAAAGGAUUCCGCAGCUGGAAUGUUACUCUGCUCUUCUUUUUUUUUAAAAAAAAAAAAUGGAAUUGUUUGUUGUAAUGCUCUAACUGCUAGAACUGUAUUUUAUUUGCUUGCCAUGCAUUUACUCCUUUUAACAGAUUCUGCUUUUAAGGAAAAACACAAAACUUCAAUCUGAAAAUAUUCUUUGGAAAGGAAAAUGCAAACACAAACAAAAGGACGACAACAAUGAGACAGAUGAAAUAUCCUUGUAUUUUUAACUGAUCAUGUUUGAAUGUCUAAGGAAAGAAAAAGAAUUUAUUGUUCUAAUUAUCCAGAUGUAUGUAUGUUUGUAAAAUAGCUCUUAUUAGCUGAUAAGGUUGUAUGUUUUUGGAACAAAAUAUUGAUCAUUAAAAAAAGUAUUGAGUUUUGUGGGUGUUUUUGGAUUUUGGGAAACUUAUAAUUAAAGCUUUCAGAUAUCAGUAAAUAAGGUUAAAAGA